GAAGUGUGUGAUGGAAGAAGAAACGCAGAUACACGAGGCGAUGUCCGCUAGCGUGCUGAGCGAGACGGACCAGCUGAUGCUGAAGGCAGGGUCGCUGAGGCCGCUGCACACCCACAGCAGUGUCCGAGGACGUAGCUGUAGUCCAGGAGCUCUGCAUCGAAGGCUCAGGAGACGUGCUGUGCUCAAGAAUGGUGACAAGAACGUCGUCCAGUUUCACGUCUCUAAAAAGAAUAGAAAAUAUCUGCAAGACCUUUUCACAACUAUGGUCGACGUCCAAUGGCGUUACUCUCUCAUCGUAUUCUCUAUGAGUUUCCUCCUCUCCUGGUUCGGUUUCGGCUGUGUGUGGUGGCUGAUAGUGAUCACUCACGGAGACCUGGACCCUGACAGACCGGACGACUGGGUCCCUUGUGUCGUCAACAUCGAGGGCUUCUGGUCAUGCUUUCUGUUCAGCGUCGAGACCCAGAGCACCAUCGGAUUCGGUGGUAGGGCCACCACGGAAGAGUGUCCCGAGGCGAUGGUCGUGAUGUGUGUCCAGAGCAUCGUGGGGAUGGUCAUCCAAGCGUUUAUGGUCGGGUUCGUCUUCGCCAAGAUGGCUCGUCCUAAGCAACGGACCCAGACGUUGUUGUUCAGCAGAUACGCCGUGAUAAGUCAACGUGACGGCCGACUCUGCCUCAUGUUCAGAGUCGGAGACAUAAGAGACAAGUCUCAUCUCAUCGGAGUCAGCUUGCGUGUGCAUCUGCUGCGGCACUACGUCACCAAAGAGGGGGAGUUGAUCUCUCCGUACCUGCACAAGCUGGAGGUGCAGGCAGACGACUACGACAGUGAGUUGGUGAUGAUCUGGCCGAUGACAGUGGUGCAUCGGAUUGACGAGCACAGCCCCCUCUACCGCAUGAGUGCCGCAGAUCUGAUGCACGACAGGUUCGAGAUCGUCGUGGUGAUGGAAGGCACGACGGAGUCUACAGGCCAGACCUCGCAGGCGCGGACCAGUUAUCUGCCCUCUGAGGUGCUGUGGGGACACAGGUUCCAGCCCAUGGUGUCCUACAGCAAGGAACGCAUGUCCUACCUGAUAGACUACAGCCUGUUCCACCGCACUCAGCAAGUGGACACGCCGUUGUGUAGUGCCCACGACACAGUUGAGACGCAUCACUAGUGUACUGUAUCUAGCAUUGGAAGUCUUAUGACAAUUGAUUGGUUUGUGUAACUACUCAAUUGUUUGGUUACACAAAAGAAGUAGAUUUUGGAUCUUAUGGAUUUUGGCUUACACAUACCACAUAUAAAUACCUAUAUUACAUUGUGCUUAUGUAAAACAGUGAAGAUAUAAAUACAAUAUUCCA